GAGAAAUUGAUGGUGCUAAAGGGACAUCCAAGAGACAAACUUUGCAGCUUGCAGUCAUUUGUGGACUCUUGUCUUUCUCCCAGCAUUUAUGUCUGGAAUAAAUAAUUCCACCAACUCCAGUGAACAAUGCGAAAUGCAAGCAGAAUUUCAGUAUGGAUUCUUUACAGUUAUGUACAGCCUAGUGUUCAUCCUGGGCUUGCCUGGGAAUGCUUUCGCUCUCUAUUACUUGAGCCAACGUAAACAGCGUUCCAGGAGCACGAAUGUCUUUUUCCUGAACCUGUCUCUAGUUGACACUGUAUUCAUAUGCCUCUUGCCCAUUCGCAUUUACUACCACAAUACUGGAAAUAACUGGGUGUUUGGAGAUAUUGCUUGUCGCAUUACAGGUGGCCUCUUUUAUGGCAACAUCUAUCUGAGCAUCGGAUUUUUCACUUGUAUAAGCUUGGAUAGGUACCUUGCUGUUGUGCACCCACUCACGUACAGAGGACGGAAGUUCAGACGUUACCCCUUGGUAUUGACAAUCCUUAUCUGGAUGAUAUGUGCUGCUAUUGUCUUGCCAUUGAUACUCGGGGGACCACUUAACAACGUCUUGGAAACAAAGAACCGGACAUCUUGCUUUGAGGAGUUCUCCCCAAGGAGCUGGCAUAAUCGACUUGUUCCCUACAAUGUAUGUGCUUUGAUCUUUGGCUUUUUAAUCCCUUUCACAGUUAUAGCAAUUGUGUUUCCACUCAUGGCUCGGAAGAUUUGCAGAAUAAGAAAAAGCAUCCACCGGACAGUGGCCUUAAGGAUUAUUGGGUUUAUCAUUGCAGUUUCUCUCAUUUGCUUUUUGCCUUAUAAUAUCACCCACCUUUUUCACUUUCUCAUGAGACUGCACUUUAUAGAGCAAUGCUCUGCAAGUGUUAUCAUCUACAAACUACGUCGCAUUACAUUGGCUCUGGUCAGUCUGAACAGCUGCAUCAACCCACUUUUGUACUUCAUACCUUCGUUAAGUCGAACAUUAAAACUCCCAAGGUCAAGUCGCACCAAGAAGGUGUACACAGUUAGCAAAGAGAAAACAUCAAAGCCAAACGUCCUAUCUAUCUCUCAACCACGUUCAGUGUUGGCCUGCCGACAGGAGACUGGAAACAUCACUCUGGUAGCCAAGGCUGAAUGGUCAGCACUGUAAUAUAUAAAAAUCAUAUUAUGUUUAACUAUGGGACUAAAGUGGCUAGGCACACCAAUGACUCAGGCAUUUAAGAAGCAAUAACAGCAGGACUGUAUUGCAGCCAUUAAACAGGAUGAACAUAAACUUUGCAAUGUGCAAUUUAAUACUUGUCUGCUUGCCUUUCCUUUUUUACUUAGUACAAUAAACCAGUACUGAUUAAAUGAA